AUGUUAACUCCAUCAUCGAGGAAUGUCAUAAUCGUCGCAGCGAUAAUUCUCGCUGUGGUUCAUCAAUCAUGCGGAUUCUUCUUUCUAAAGUCACUGUUGCUGGAUUAUGCGGCGCGUGAAUACAACAAACAAAACAAACAAAGUCCCGUUACUGCAUCGUAUAAUCAUUAUAACAGUUUCGGCACAUGGUCCCUGCUCAACUCAUACGACUUCAUUGUCGUUGGCGCCGGCACGAGCGGUUGCGUCUUAGCCUCUCGCCUCUCCGAAAACCCCAAUCACAAAGUUCUCCUCAUCGAGGCAGGCAAACAGGAAAACUUCCCGAACGACAUUCCAAUUUUCGCCGCUUACCUUCAAAGCACUUCGUUCAACUGGAAUUACGUCACGGAACCGCAAGAGGGCGCUUGUCUCGGCAUGGAAGAUCAACGUUGCGCUUUUCCACGCGGCAAGGGCGUCGGCGGCUCAUCUCUGAUCAACUACAUGAUUUACAAUCGCGGAAAUCGCCAUGAUUUCGAUCAAUGGGCUGCGAUGGGCAACAAAGGCUGGAGUUACAACGAAAUUUUGCCGUAUUUCAAGAAAAGUGAGAGAAAUUCUUUAAGAGGUUUGGAAAAUAGCACUUUUCACGGCAAAAAUGGCCCAAUGAACACGGAAUUUGUGCGACAUCGCACGAAAUACGCAAAAGCUUGGAUGCAGGCGCAAAAAAUAUUGGGAAUUAAACGAACAGAUUACAACGGAGAAGAUCAACUUGGGACGAGUUACGUUCAAGCAACGACUUUAAAUGGGCAUCGUCGAAGCACAGCAGCAGCUUUUAUCGACCCGAUUUUGUGGGAACGUCCAAAUUUGCAUAUUUUGACGGAAGCGAGAGUGACUAAGGUGCUUAUUGAUCCUGACACGAAGGAAGCUUACGGUGUCGAGUACGUGCGAUUCCGAAAACGGGGAAAUGUCUUCGCCGCAAAGGAAGUUAUUCUCUCCGCAGGUGCUUUUAGCUCCCCGCAAUUGUUGAUGUUGAGUGGCGUGGGUCCCGCACACGAUUUACGACGCAUUGGAGUGCCUCUGAUUCACGAAUUGCCGGUCGGGAAGAUGAUGUAUGAUCACUUGAGUCACUUUGGACCCACUUUUACCGUCAAUACGAGUGGAAUUUCGAUCUCGUCGGAUAGAGUUCUCUUCCCUCACGUCUUGAAAGAUUAUUUUACGACCGGCGGAUCGACUCUCGGCAUCGUUGGAGGCGUCGAAACAUUAACUUUCCUCAAAACGCCGAACUCCAAGUACCCCCGAAGUGUUCCCGACAUCGAAUUACUCUUCAUUCCGGGCGCUUAUAGCUCCGAUCAAGGCACCGGCAUCAAACGUGGCAUGCGAAUCACGGACGAAAUUUACAAUUCCGUUUAUCGCGAACUCGAUAAACCGCAUCAAGACGUCUUUUCGAUCAUGGUAAUGCAAUUCCAUCCCAAAUCCGUUGGUUAUCUCGAACUAAAGGACAGAAAUCCCUUCCAUUGGCCUCGUUUCUACCCGAAUUACUUCAAAGAACCAUCCGAUAUCGAAGAUAUUUUGUUUGGCAUCAAAGAAGCUAUUCGUAUCGUCAAUACGCCGCCUUUUGAGAAAUUUAAUGCGAAAAUUCACGCAACUCCGCUGCCAAAUUGUAAAUCGCAUGGAUUUGGUACUGAUGAUUAUUGGAGAUGCUCAAUAAGGACACUUUCGGCAUCGUUACAUCAUCAAGUGGCAACGACGAAAAUGGGUCCGGAAAGCGAUCGCACAGCAGUUGUGUCGCCUGAGCUGAAAGUGCAUGGCAUGAAAAAGUUACGCGUUGUCGAUAUUGGGGUUGUGCCGUUACCGCCAACGUGUCACACGGCAGCGAUUGCGAUGAUGAUCGGGGAAAAGGCGGCGGAUUUGAUAAAAGCGGAAUAUCAAUAA